AUGCCCCUUUGGGCCGACCCAAUCGACAACUCGCCUUUUCAGUCGACCUUCUCAUUUAAUAACUACGCUAAAGAAAUUAUUCUUCCAGAGUCUAAAACCGAUGAUGAUGAGCUUAAGCACAAGCGAUUGGCUAGGACUACGUCAUGUGUCGCCAGUCUAACGAAGCCGAACAUGCUGCUAGAGCCGCUUGAUGAGAUGCAAAAUCUAGCCGCUACGGGACCACCCAAUUUGCCAUUACAAAUCAUAGGUGGUCCAGGAACGGGAAAGUCUAAAAUACUUGGGUAUCGUGCGGCAUGGCUUAUUUAUAAGCAUAACGUUCCUCCAGAAAAUAUUUCCAUUUUCAGUCGCACUCGUCUAGCAGCUCAAGAACUAGUCACCAAUGUUACAUCAAAACUAGAAGAAAUUCAAUAUAAAGGAAAUAUAGAUUUAACGGCGGGAACAAUUCAUUAUUAUUGUCUUCGGUACCUUAAUCUUUUUGGUGAUAAACUAAAUUUAGUACCAAACUUUACCAUACUUAGCCAAGAGCAGCAACGGGACUUUGUGAGCUCGGUAUUAGUCUCAAGCAACGUUGUCAAUAUUGGUGAGAGACAGGGGUAUUAUCCACAAAACGUCGAUCAAGAAAAGAAUGCCUCUAGAGCUUACAGAGCCAAGGCUAGGUAUUCAAAUGAAAGCCUCAGUCUCCCAUUAAUUGAUGUUUCUUUUGUCUGUGAAGCAAUCAAUUACAUCAAGUCAAAGGGCAUUUCAAUAGAUGAAUGGGUGAAAACUCCACCGGCGGCAAGCUUGCCCCUCAUGCGAGAGAUUUUCAAAGAAUAUGAAGCAAGGCUGAGGAAGCAGGAUCUAGUGGAUUUGAACGAUUUAGUUCUUUUAGGAUUAAGGCUUAUUGCAGAAUACCCUGAAACGGUUAAAAAUAUUCAGCAUGUACUCGUGGACUCAUUUGAAGACUUGACAGCUGCUCAAUAUCGGUUUAUUUGCGCACUCUCUCAAAGUGGGGGGUUGAGUGUAGCUGGCGAUCCAAAUCAGGGAAUUUAUCUUUCUCAUAAUCCUCAGCCGUACAAUUUUGCGCACAUGCAACGCCAAUUCCCCCAAACCCAGCUAGUGAGUUUACAUGUGAACUAUCGCUCAACAGAAAGUCUGGUAAAGCUUGGACAACAAGUUAUUGAAUACGAUCAAACAAAAUCAGGGCUCAUCACUCCGUCUUCAAAAGCAAUCCAUAUAGAGAAAAAUGCUCACCCUCUUGGUCCAGCAACAGUUACCUUCUUUACAUUUGAAGCUGAGGUACGCGCAGUUUCAGCAUUCAUCAAGUAUUUAACACAGAGAUAUGACAUUAAUUUCUCAGACUUUGCACUUUUGGACAGGUAUUCACAGACACCAGAAGUACUCGCAUUGAUGCGCGAAGCACUGGAAAGCGAGGGCAUUCCAUACACAAUUUUAGGAAGAGAGUUUUGGCAGCAGCGCGAGAUUGUAUCACUUUUGAGUGUAUUCCGAACUAUCCAAUCUAACAAAAACGAGGAAGAUGCCGUUGACUCAGCAGCGUGGAUGAAUAUGCCUAUUCCGCCAUCGGAUGUGUCACGAAUCAUGAAGUUUGGUAUUGCGCCGACAUACUUUGAAAAGCUGGAAACCUAUAGCCGAGGAGAAGUUCACAGCUCCUUUUUUUCAAUGACACCAAAUGGUAAAGAAAAGGUCAUUAAGUUUGUGGGAUUCGUUACAUUAUGGCGGUCCAUUACAAAAUUUUCUCAACGGCUGGAACCAGCAGAUUCACGGUUGUUGGUGGUGAUGGAAAAACUUUUUGAUAGUAUUGUUCAAAAGUUUAAUGACAACUCGUGGAAGUAUCGUACUAACAGUGUUUUCCGCCACAAAGAAAACGUUGCGUUACUGCGGGAGCGGUUUCUACAGACUAUGGGUAGUUUAGAUCCCGCUAUUGUUGCACGAUUUGAAAGUGGACUCCCUGAUUAUUUAGCAACCUUUUUACGGCUACAAGCCAUAGACUACGUUGUGGAGAUGGAGGAUGACCAUUGCUUGACAAUUGGGACUGCAUAUGGGGCUAAAGGUCGGGAAUGGCCGGUUGUAUUUGCCAUGAAGUUUGGAGAGUCUGUGUUGAAAGAUGUGGCCAAUGAUUAUGACGAGGCUCUACGCAAGUUUUAUGUUUCUUUAUCAAGUGCAUCUGGAUCUUGUUUUUUAAUGGCAGACUUUAUCUCACAUCGCCAAGACUUCAUUGUCCAAGGAGAGCGGGUCGAUCCUGUGUACCCUUUGUUGAUUCCAUCACAAUCUGGGGAUGGACCACUCUCUUUGGCAAUGGACCGAGUGGAUCGCUUCCCGGAACAACACUUUGCCAUGUUUCCUGCUGCUGAAAGAAUUUUAGAAACCGAGGUUUUUUCUAAGCGGGACGUAAGCAUUAUUGGCUUGCGUGAGACAAGGCGGAACCGAGAGCUUGCUGUUGAAUAUCAGAAGCGCAUUGCUGCGGUUAGAGCAAUGGACGAAGUUGGCGGGCAAAUCAUGGCACAAAGAAUGAGUAACUUAUAG